AUGCCGCCGAAGAGAAGAUACAAGUCCAAACCGUUGGUCUACAAUCUGCAGUUCACCCUCUGUGCCUCCGAGUCGCGGUGUGCUAACUUGGACGUCGAACGCUUGGCCCAACUAGGGUUCAUCUCUUCGACCGCUUCAAUGCCGAUGACCGCCUUCUCAUUUCGACUGGUCGAGCAGACCCACGCGAGCUGGAGGGUCACCCCCCGCGCUCUCACCGGCUAUGCGGACGGCCUCAAAGAGUAUUACUCCCGUUGUGGGUGGGUUCGGGGUCACUAUACAGGACAUCCUUGGGUCAGUUUGGACGCCGCCAUCGUUUCAGGGGCAGAUGCUUAAAGCCUGCCUUCCGCGCAUGCAGGACAAAGACCUUCGGAAGCAACGCGAUCGACGAGUACCGCGCUCUCGAAACAUGCGAGCAGGACAGCGGGGACCUUCUCGUAGGCACCGUCGAUUCGUUCCAACAAGGGUCCCGCGUGCUUCGGGCCAACGUGACUUAAUCAACCUUGUCACGACGUCCCAUUGGAUUGCGUGCUUGCAUACGACGGCAACUUUCGGCAAACGCGUGACAAAACUUCGAAGCACGACCAGAUCGUUCCGGACAUUUUCUUGGGUGAGGAAGAGGUUCAGGCGAUGAAGGCCGAGGUUGAAGCUUCGGUGCGGCCGACCAAAAAGGUGAGUAAUGCCGCUCUUUGCAUUUGCCUUAAUGGGAUCGCUUACCUCUACACCCACCCAACCCUCGUAGGCGUGCACAGAGUCGUGGAAGGCUGCCGACGACGGAGCUGGCUCAACCUCGUCACGAGUAGUCGACACUGGACUCGUUGCCUGCGUAUGCCGUCAUGAUGUAAACCUGAAAAUGGUCAAUCUUGAGAGGUCUGGUGAAAAGUGAGCGCAGAGCUGUCUGGUUGGGACGUAGUCGCUUCCGCUUUCCUCUCCCAGUACUAAUGCGCAUAUUCCCCUCCGACCGCUCAGAUUAUACUAUGCGCUUGCCAUCCUCAAGUGCAUCUCAGAGCGCCUUCCUGAAAACGCCAAGAUUGGAGUCUUAUACGACAUUGCUUGUAACUUCAAGCACCACAUUGAAAAGGUAUGCUUCGAUCACGACGCGUCCCUUCCUCCUCAGUCUCGUUGGCACAGACCAAAUGCGCCUACUUUCCUAUCAUUUGUCACCCGAGGCAGCUCCUGCCAAAGCUUUUCAAGCGACUGGAGUUCGCCACGAGCGUCUUCCAUGCAUACGCCCAUAUCUGGUCCUGCGCCCAUAUCUGGUCCUGCCAAGUCGAGUUCAACCCCCGCCUCAUUCCGAACUUCGGGUUGACUGAUGGAGAGGGCUGUGAGCGAUUGUGGAGCGGGCUACGGUCGCUCAUUCCGAGGAGUAGCAGCUGUGCGCGCCAAGGCUCGAGUCGGUGA